AUGUGCUUCAAAAGGUGUGGAUUUUUGCAGGCUGACACAUCAUCUUUGAUGCCAUCUGAAUUGAGCUAUACGGGUGGUGGUGGAUCUUCAGCUAUGCAUUCCCCAUAUCCACCAGAGGGAAAAAAGGAGCAGUUAAAGCAACAAAAACGCGAGUAUAAGGACGAGAAAAAGCGGAUCGAGCAGGAGCUGAUGGGCGCGCUGCGGGACCCUACCGUGGUCGUCUCAGCGGAUUGGCUGAAAUUGCGUGGAACAUUGCGGAAAUGGACGAGACACUACUGUGUACUCAAACCUGGACUCCUGAUGAUCUACAAGACCAAUAAGACGCAUAAGCAUGGUCAAUGGGUGGGCACGGUACUUCUAAACACGUGCAAGCUGAUCGAGCGCCCCUCGAAAAAGGACGGAUUCUGCUUCAAGCUCUUUCAUCCUCUGGACCAGUCAAUCUGGGCUACACGAGGGCCAAUGGGGGAAUCACAUGGAGCUGUUACUAUAAACCUACUCCCCACUACCUAUCUCAUCUGCAGAGCGGCUGGCGACCAGGCUGGCCGGACGUGGAUGGAUGGUCUGGAGAUCUCCCUUCGAUGCUCUGGAUUAUUGACACAGACUAUGCACGAGCUCGAAUCCGCGAAAAAGCAGGCAUCUGCCCAUCAGAAAGACAGUGAUUCGAUCGAUGGAGAGGAUGGAAAUAUUAGCGAGGGCGAGGCCGAGAAGCAUUUCGUUGAAAUCGACGAGCUCGACGAGCACGUCUCCGAAAACGGCGAGGCAUCGGAUGCGGGUGAAAAUGGGGAUAAUGCCCAGGAAAGCCCGUGGACACAAUCUGAACCUGAACAGUUUGGCCAGCUCGGAGAAGGAGCUCAAACAGAGGAUGUCGGCGAGGAAAAUAAGAGUCUUGUCUGGACGCUGCUCAAACAGGUGCGCCCAGGAAUGGACCUCUCAAAGGUGGUGCUCCCCACCUUCAUCCUCGAGCCUCGGUCUUUCCUCGAAAAACUGGCCGACUAUUAUUAUCAUGCCGAUCUUUUAACCGAAGCGGCAAACGAGGAAGAUCCCCUUCAACGAAUGAUCAAAGUCACCAAAUUCUACUUGUCCGGAUUUUACAAGAAGCCGAAAGGAUUGAAGAAACCGUAUAAUCCGAUAUUGGGAGAGACAUUUCGAUGUUCAUGGCAUCAUCCGGAUGGAAGUACUACUUAUUAUAUUGCUGAACAGAUUUCUCACCACCCCCCGAUCUCCACAAUCUUCAUCACCAACAAAAAAGCCGGUUUCAACGUCGCCGGAACUAUUUUGGCGAAGAGCAAAUAUUACGGGAAUAGUCUAUCGGCAAUGAUGCUUGGGAAUUUAAGGCUAACACUCCUAAAGCGUGGCGAGACCUACUCCGUCUCUCUACCAUAUGCAAAUUGCAAAGGAAUCAUGAUCGGAACAUUGACAAUGGAACUAGGAGGACCGGUGACGAUCGAAUGUGAUCGUACGGCCUAUUCCACGACCCUCGAUUUCCAGUUAAAACCAUUUUUGGGCGGCAGUAUGAAUAAGGUAAAAGGCGAGAUCAAGUACGGUUCGCAGACGAUGGCCGAAAUUGAGGGUCACUGGGAUGGAACCAUGAAAAUUCAGGAAAAGGGCUCCUCGAAGGAAAUCCUGUGGCAACCAACGCAAGAAAUCAUCGCGAAACGACUACCGAGAUACGAGAUCCCCUAUGAAGAUCUGGGAGAGUGGGAAUCCAGAAAGCUUUGGAAUAAAGUGAGCGAAGCUAUCGCGAAGGAGGAUCAAUAUGAGGCGACGAAUCAGAAGACGGUUCUCGAAGAGGAUCAACGCCGCCGUGCGAAAUCCGGCGUCCCCCACAAGACGAAAUAUUUCAAGAAGAACCCGGUGAAGGAUGUCUACGAUUACAUCUAUGCUGAUUACCGUCCCUGGGACUCUCACAAUGAUGUGCGGCAGAUUGAGCACGACUAUGAGAUCCGAACAAUCUCCAAAGUUCGCCCCAAGAACUUGAGGAUCAAGAAUAACAGUCUCUCAUCACAGGACAAACAGAAACACCUGUCACAAGACGGACAGACGGAAGAUUCAUCAGAUGAAAGUAUCGAUCGAUCGACAAAAAGGAAAGAGACCAAAGGGCAGCUCAAUAUUGAUCCCGAGGUCGCAAAGCAGAUCCAGGAAAACCUCGAGCGAAUGGAAAUCGCGAUGACUCGACUGUCGGCCAAAAUCGAGCAAAUCGGCGAUGAACGAUUCAAGCCCAGCCAAUUGUUGCUUUACGUCGCUAUUUUCUCUAUUAUGCAGGCCCUGCUAUUUUCGAUGUUUUUUAGA